AUGUCCAGCUCAAGUGUACAUACGAGCUCCAACAUACCUGAUUAUGGUACACCAAAGGAUGUCAUUGAUGGUGUCCAGGUCCAAACUUUUGAUAGUGCCGAGGCUCCUGCAGAGAACAUCUUCUCGAAUCAUGCUCAAAGAGGUCUGAAGAUGAGGCAUUUACAGCUCAUCGCUAUUUCAGGAGCCAUCGGAUCAUCGGUCUUCCUGUCCAUUGGAUCUCCCUUGACAGGUGGUCCAUUGGCUUUAUUGAUUGGUGUGAUACUAUGGUCUACCGUUGUUUGGGCCAUCAGUAACUGUUUGGUCGAAAUGUGUACUCUGUUCCCUGUUGAAGGAGGUUUCGUUUACUAUGCUACUCGAUUCUUGGACCCUUCUUUGGGUUUUUCGUUGGGUUGGAAUUAUUUCCUCUGUCAAGUCUCAUUGAUUUGCGGAGAGUUUACAUCGAUGAAUGUUCUGGUCGCAUACUGGGCUCCUGAUCUCACACCGGCUGUUAUCAUCUCAGUCGGUUUGGCUCUCUUGCUCUUCGUUCAGGUCUUCAAUGUCAGAGUAUACGGAGAAACCGAAUUUUGGAUCAGUAUCGGUAAAAUCUUUAUGAUCUUUGGUGCUUUCAUCUUCACUUUCAUCACUAUGGUGGGAGGAAACCCAAAACAUGACAAAUACGGAUUCAGGUUCUGGAAAGAUCCUGGACCUUUCGCCGAUUCCUCUGGAGUCGAUAGAGCUCAAGCUAUUUGGCACGCCGUGCAAUGGGCCGCAUACGGUAUUGUUGGUCCCGAUUAUAUCGCUUUGGCUGCUGGGGAAGUACAGAACCCCCGAAGGGUAUUACCAAAAGCCUUCAACUCAACGAUUUAUAGAAUUCUAGGGUUCUACGUAGGAGGUGCUUUCUUUGCUGGUAUCAACGCUCCUUCGAAUGAUCCCUCUCUUUUGGGUUCUACAGGUGCUGCUAAAUCACCUUACAUCAUUAACAUGGAUCGACUUGGUAUCCCCAUUUUACCCUCCAUCCUCGUCGCUGGUCUUCUGAUCUCCCUAUUUUCAUCCACCUCUUCCAUGGCUUUCGCUGCCAGUAGAACCUUGUACCUACUAGGUCUUGAAGGUCAUGCACCUCGAAUCGUCACCAGAACCAACAAAUAUGGACUACCAUACGUUUGUGUCCUUAUUACCCUCGCUCUCGGAUGUUUGUCUUUCAUGGCUUUGGGAAGCGGAAGUGCUACUGUGCUCAGCUGGCUUAUCAACUUGACUGCUGCUACUCAAAUGAUCACCUGGAUCUCCAUCGCAGCCUCCUACCUUCGUUUCAGAGCAGGUAUGAGAGCUCAUGGGCUAGGAAACGAAUUCCUGCCUGCCAGAGGAUACUUCCAACCUUGGUCAGCUUGGUGGGCGCUGUUCUGGGCUCCUUUCGCUUUGAUCUUUAGUGGAUACUAUAUCUUCGCUCCUGGAACAUUCACCGUCCCAGAUUUCAUGUUCACCUAUGCGGCUGUAUUCAUCUUUAUCGUCCUCUCGAUAGGAUGGAAGGUUAACAUGGUGUUGAGAUACGGUCAAAAAUGGUUUGGCAUCAGAGCUAACGAGAUGGACUUCACGACUGGUGUAGCCGAGAUGGAAGAGAUGACAGCUAUAGCUGAAGAGAAAUGGAGGACCGAAAAGAAGAGUAGAUUAGAUAAAAUUGUAGAUCAUAUUUUCUAG